AUGGACCAUCCAGAAUUUUUCAGGAUAAUCGACAGGAAAAACGCUCUUUUCAAAUUAGCACAAGGUGAUUUUGUGUCGCCUGAACAAAUCGAAACCGUCUACCUCAAUUCUCAACUAGUCGUGCAGAUAUUUGUCACUGGAAUGACCACUCGUUCAUUUUUAGUAGCUGUUGCAGUGGCUAAUAUUGCAAAUCUUCGAGAGGCUCUUGAAUCAAGGAGUGAUUUGGCGCGAUACGCUGAGCUACCCUUGGAAAGAAUGCUGAAUGAAUCUGAGGUACGAAGAUUCGUUCUUCAAGAGCUCAACCGAACCGGUAGGGAAAAAGGACUGCGUUCAAUCGAACUAGUCAAAAGCGUAUACCUAAUCUCAGAGGAACUAACACCAGAGAAUGGUCUAGUCACGCCAACAUUGAAGCUUCGGCGACACCUCCUGAAGGAAAAGUUUUCCAAAGAGAUAGAACGAAUGUUUGCUGAGGAGGCAGUUUUAUGA